AUGGGUCCUGCUACCGCAACAUGCGUCGGCAGGCAGCAGCUACAACUUGACCAGAGUUUUAUCCGACACUUGCCCCCGCAGCAAGUCGUGGAUAGGCUGAAUGUAAGUUCAGCAAUGUCUGUCAACACUGGGUUACCGCUGAUUCAGCGGCAUACGGGCGGCUCAGCCAGCCAUCUCGAUGUCAGAGAUGGAUGCUCUUGCAGUCUCAAGAUUAAACGAAACCAACACAACUAUCUCCAAUCAAGGGGGGCCGGUGAGGAUUCCGUGUCGAAUGCACGGAGAGCCUAUGCAUUCAUUGAAGACGCACUCCUCGACACAUGUGAGAGACAUAGGCCGGUCGUUGCUGAGAAUGGGGCUGACAUUUGUGUAACAGAGCUGUCUAGGCGCGGAAGAAACGGUACAUCUUGUGCGAUGCCGCAAGACCGCCUUAAAUCGCUGGCAAGAUGGUGUUGUGAUGACUCGGCGAUGAUUCUUGUACUAUCUUCGGGAUCUUUGUUCCAUGACAUUCUGCCUGAGUAUGAGCCUGUUGCGCCAAUGAAUAUAUGUUUGCAACCAUGA